UCGCGAGAGAAGAAGAAUAUCAAAAGCAGCCACAGUCUUUCAGGUCAGCAACACAGCAUCUCCUCUGGGUCUAUAUCUGCAAUAAUAUAGAAACAUGUAACUGGAACCAAAGAGGGGUUUGCGGUCCGGAGGCUUGUGUAGAACCGCAGCUUGUCAGAAGCGACGCUGUUGUUGUUUUCAGACCUGUUUUCGUGUGUGCUUUCGGUAGCUAAGCUAGCUCCUAGGUUCUAGCCUCUUCAACUGGCUCGUCAACGUCUGCAGACUGUCUGACGGGUCUGAGAUAAUCGGCCGGUGUUUCCCGUCCACAUUAACCCCGCACCCCUCCCUCGGCCUGCGGAUCAUCAGUUUAGAGAUGGGAAGUCUGAGCAGUAGGUUCCAGUCUCCCUCUCAGGGACCAGAGGAGGCUGCAGAGGGCACAAGUACCAGCCACAAGCAUGGAUGUGAGUGUAAGAAGAGAAAACGAAAUGCCCAGUGUGACUGUGACAGCGACCAAGAGCAGGACGAUGCCAUACUAGAUACACCUCGCAGAAAGAAAUUGAAAAGUACAUCGCGAUACAUUUAUCAGACUUUGUUCCUGAAUGGAGAAAACAGUGACAUCCGCAUCUGUGCUCUGGGACAGGAGUGGAACCUCCACAAAGUCUACCUGUGCCAGUCUGGGUAUUUCUCCAGCAUGUUCAGCGGCUCUUGGAAAGAGUCCAACAUGAUGGAAAUCAACGUGGAGAUCCCCGACCAGAACAUCGACACUGAAGCUCUGCAAGUCGUAUUUGGAUCCCUGUACCGGGAUGAUGUCCUGAUCAAGCCCAGCAGAGUUGUCAGUAUUCUUGCAGCUGCUUGUAUGCUACAGCUGGAUGGCCUGAUCCAGCAGUGUGGAGAGACCAUGAAGGAAAACAUUAGUGCGAAGACCGUGUGUGGCUACUACGCUUGUGCCAGCAUCUAUGGCUUGGAUUUAGUCAUGAAAAAGUGUCUUGAGUGGCUUCUGAACAACCUGAUGACCCAUCAAAAUGUCGACCUGAUGAAAGAACUUGGGGGAGAGGUCAUGGAGCAACUCAUCCAGUCCUCUGACCUGUUUGUCAUGCAGGUGGAAAUGGAUGUAUACACAGCUUUGAAAAAGUGGAUGUUUCUGCAGCUCAAUCCAUCAUGGGACGGCCCAAUCAAACAGCUUCUGGCUGACGCUGAUGCCUGGCUUUGCAAACGCAGAACAGACCUGUGUGAAAAAGAGCCCUUCUUGAACACCGAGGACAGCGAACCUUUUCGCUCAGUGUUCAGACACGUUCGUCUCCAGUAUAUCAUCAACGAUCUGGCAUCAGCACGCAUCCUGGAGAGAGAUAAUAUUUUGCCCCCCGAUUGGUUAACGUCGGUGUACAAAAACCAGUGGUUCGCCAUGCUCCGGACAGAAUUUGACAACGAUAACGGUCCUCAGGAAGCUAACAAAGAUGAGUUUGAGCUGAGCAGUAUGAGGUGUGGCAGAAAACUGACUAAAGAUGGAGAUUAUUGCUGGCGGUGGACGGGCUUUAACUUUGGCUUUGACCUGCUGGUGACCUACACAAACCGUUUCAUAGUCUUCAAAAGAAAUACUCUCAGUCAGCCAUGUGGGGGCGCUGUGAGUCUGCAAUCUCGGAGGCAUCUGGCAUUCAGAUUACGCCUGGCCUCCUUUGAUGGCCGAGGAAAGUUGGUCUGCAGUCGUUCAACAGGUUACCAGCUUCUCACCCUUGAGAAAGACCAGGAGUAUGUGGUGAUGAACCUGGACAGCCGGUUGUUAACAUUCCCCCUCUACGUGUGCUGUAACUUCCUGUAUACAUCGCCUCACUCGGACCACCGCCCAGAUUCCUCAGAACCAGAAAGCACUGCUCGCUGUGUGUCUUGAUGCCUGUUCAGCAGCCAUUAACUGCUACGGUUACACCGACCUCAUUCCGACAUUGGAAAUACCAUCUGCAUGCUUUGUAACACAGUGAGAUGUUUUGUCUCAGUGUUUCAGAUGUUUUGUCUCAGUGUUUCGGACAUUGAGAGUACAAAUGGGGUUCAACGUGUCACAGAGACAGUGGCCAGGAGAGAUUAGGCCACUUUUGUCAUCGGAGCAGCUUCAAACGUUGGACCUCUGCCAGGAACUCUGCACUGGGAUGUUGGACCAUUUUUCAAGAGGGGGAAAAAAAAAAACUAUUUACUUAUAUUAAUAUAUUAUAUGAAUGGGAACAUCAUCAGGAACUGCUCUGUAGGGUGAAGCUGGACAUUGAAGGACUUGCAUGGGAAAUGGGAAGAUUGAAGUCUGUUGUUCACAUUAGUGUAAAUUGACUGCGAUGUCAGAGUGGCCCUUCACUCCAGUGAUGGGGUCAACAGCUCUCUGCACUGCAGCCGGCACACAACACAUCAUGUCUGUGUACAGUGUUGUAAACAAUCUAGACACAUGUACUUCACAUGAUCUCUGCCAACACGUAAGAUGAGUAAAUUAAAGUUUUGACAGCUAUCAUCUGAUAGCGUCAUACCUGCUGCCACAUACCACCUUCACUCCACUUAAGCAGAUUUCCCCACCCCUUGUCACAAUGUGACAAUCUCACAGGGCAGCUGAUGACUAUGUUCAACAGACAUCCAGUUUGGUAUUAUUACAUGUGUUUUAGGAUUGAGAAAACGGCUUCCCCACUUCCAUAUUAUACCCAGUAUAUAAUAAGUACUUUGUAAAUACCAUUUAUCAUUUUGAAACAACUUUGCUAAAAGUAAUGUCACAAUGCCCAGGUAAUCGUUUUUAAGAGCCUCUAUGUUAAAUCUUUUUUCAUGAGACAUAAUCCUUCAGGAGUUUUUGUGUGCUAGUCUCAUUUACAGUUUACACUUGGAUGUCUGUUCAAUGACACUAACUUUUUGAUAUUCAGCAUCAUUUUGAAAAAUGUUGCCAUAUUGUUUACCAGCUAGACUGUCAAAUGUCCUUUUGCGCUCGUUACCGGAGUCCACGGCCUCUCUCAUGCAGUUCGGUUUGACGCAUUUAAGCAGGCUGUUCAGAAUGCUCCCAUCGCAUAUGAAAUACCUUUGCAGUUAUGUUGUUUUACACUUUUGUACUAAAAAUUUCGUCACUAUUUGUUUUGGCAAUUUUGGAAAUCUGUAACCCAGACAUAUACUGAUAACAGUAAGAUUUGCCUGUACAUCCAUUACGAAGUCUUUGGUUUUUAUUUUUUACUUAAUUUGUAUGGAUUCAUUUUUUGCAAAAGAAAAUACAAUUCUAAACGGACAAUAAAACGGCCCAUCAGGCGGGUUGUGGUGCUAG